AUGGGGUCAUCUUACAGUGACUAUGUGACAACUAUAUCUCGUCAGAGGCCGAGUCUAAAAAAACUCUCGGACUUUCUUCGUCACCAACCCCGAUCUGCUUGCAACAGCCUUAUCAGCUACGUCGAGAUUGAGACAACAGGUGGUGCAGGGCCGCCUCAAGAAAUCAGCACAAGUAAACUCGUGGCCCGAAUUACUUCUGGACUGAAGAAGAGCAUGGUACUAGUUGUGGAAGAUAUCCAUGCUGAUGAUAUAGAGUCUCUUGGUUCAUGUCUGGAUAUCGAUCCACUCUUCUUUUGUGGUCACAUCGCAUCUUCGUACGGAGAUAUUGAGAAAGAUCCCUUACCACCGCUAUUGUCGCUACCGCCGUCUCGGCUGGUUUCUGGGGCAUUUAUCAACAUUCAUCAUCAAAAGGUGCUUGACUUGGGCGACGAGGUCACCUUGGGCCAUGUGCCUUAUGAUCUCGUAUUGUUAGCAAACGUCACUCGAAGUGUUCGACGCCUGCCUGCCCUGUCUAGUAGAUCGAUUGGUAUUCUCCGAGCAUGCACCUCGUUGAUAAAAAUAGACCUUCCUGGGGGCCACUGGAUAUCAUUGAUAUUAAUCGACCCUACCUCUGACAUUGUGGUGCAUCCAACACGCACUGCCCCUCGCAGACUUGUCGGGCCAAAACUUCCUCAAAUUCCCCGUCGAAUCGCAAUCGAAACGAUCUCCCAAACACCGACGUAUGUCCAAUAUCAGGCCACGGAUACAGCAAGCCAAAAAUUUCAAGCAACCAACUCGCGCGAGGAGCUUCUAAGAUUCUUCCACACAUCGCCCCCUGGAUGGAGAAUGGGAAACCAUAGCAUAUUGUGUCUAACUUACUAUCCAAUUCAAACAAUUAUACAGGAGUGGAUAGUCUAUGCUUUGCUGAUGGGACGUUAUGUCAAGUACUACGAGUAUUCUUCCCAGACUGCCCAUUCGCGUUUAGAGCGUUUCGAGAAAGAUGAUAUAUUAGAUCUUCACAGAUGGCGGCGCCGGAGCCUGCAGAGUCUGCACAAGUUGGAUAUAUUGAAACGUUUUCUCGAUCACUGGGUUUUAAAAGAGGAGAAUUUAGACCAAGACUUGCUCCAAGCAGCCAACACAACGACACGAGAGGGAUUAGUCACUUGGAACCUGCUGAAGGGGGAUAUCAAUUACCUGGAAGAGCAGAUUAUGCAACAUGCUCGUUCUCUCGAGGCGCUAAACCCUAUCAUCACUGCUCUUGUCCAACUCGUAGAUUCCAAGAGGGCGAUUUUACAGGCGGAGGAUACCCGACGUUUGACGUACAUUGCCAUUGUGUUCAUCCCUAUGUCUUUCAUCACGGGCAUUUUCAGUAUGAGUGAGCCAUAUGGUCCGGGAAGUGAUCGCUUCUGGAUCUACUGGGUGCCUGCUACAUACCGGGUCAUGACUCAUGCCGACGAGGAUCUUCUUGAUCGGAUCAAGAGGAGCCGUGAAUGCUUGAGCGCCUGUCUAGUUGAGGCGAUCCUUGAUCCCGACGACGAUGGUGAUGUACGGGAGUUUUGGUUCGGCCAGUAUACGAACGGCUUUCGUCAAUUCGUGCCUAGGGUUAACAGCGUUAGCGUUGAUGGCUUUGACGAUGACGAUGAUGACGAUGGGAGUGUCGACAGUCUUGAGCCCGAAAUGCUGGAUGAUGGGUUUGACAAUGUAUUCAAUGAUUAA